CAUCGUUGUCACUGCUGGCUCAGUGAUCCUGGAGAGUCCUGUCCUCCCUGUGAUGGAGGGAAGUGAUGUCACUCUGCGCUGUAAAGCCAAGACGACUCCCUCCAACCUCACAGCUGAUUUCUAUAAAGAUGGCGUCUUCAUCAGGAGCAGCUCAACAGGAGAGACGACCAUCCACAGUAUCUCCAAGUCUGAUGAAGGUUUCUACAAGUGCAGCAUCUCAGACUCUGGAGAAUCACCAGAGAGCUGGCUGGCUGUCAGAGGUGGCUCUGUGAUCCUGGAGAGUCCUGUCCUCCCUGUGAUGGAGGGAAGUGAUGUCACUCUGCGCUGUAAAACCAAGACGACUCCCUCCAACCUCACAGCUGAUUUCUAUAAAGAUGGCUUCCACUUUGGGAACGGUUCCACAGGAGAGACGACCAUCCACAGUGUCUCCAAGUCUGACGAAGGUUUCUACACAUGCAGGAUCUCUGGCUUUGAGGAAUCACCAAAGAGCUGGUUGGAUGUCAAAGAAACAACAACUGUUCACACCUCAACCAGUGAACCAGGAGGAGGAAGCAUCAGAACAGAACAAGCAUUUGACACAGACGUUCAGUCCUCCCCAAGUCAGUUCACUUUGGUUUGCGUCAGCAUCGUAUUGGCUGUUUUGGUGCUGGUGGUGGCACUGCUUCACUGCGGGAAACACAGAGUGGCGGUCUGCUUCUCCUCACAGACACGAACACCUAAAUCUGAUUCAGGUGAAGACACUCAAACAGACUCUGGAGAGGCCAGUGUAGCGACUCCAACUAAGGCAACAUAUGGCAUUGUCAAAAAACACAUAACGAAGAAAGAUGAAAAUGAUCCUGCUUACUACACUUUGUGCCCAGCAAAAUCAGGAGCAUCCAGCGAUUCAGCAGGAAUGAGUCCCUCAGCGGGUACCUGCGCUCUUUUGGAGGAUCGCUUCUAUUCAACUAUCCAGCAGGUCGCUGAAGGAGAGACGGCUAACUGAGGGAGAGCAGAGGGACUUUAUUUAUGCUGCGUGCACAAAGAUGAAAGUGUAUGGAAGUGUAAAAAAACAUAUAUUGUGUUGAUACUGUAACUGAGUAACUUUUCUAGAAGUCUUUGUAAGUCAUUGAUGUUUAUUUUACAUUUAUUCAACUAUGUUUUGUAAGAUUUGAAACUACUUCCAUGACAGAAUAAACCUUUGUAGUGUCUGAUGGCACCAGAAACUGUCCAGUUACAUAUUUCAUGCAUUAAACUCCAUAAACAUGUGGUGGAAAUAUCAAAUUAACUGUAAAAUUAAAUGUUCAAACUUGUCAACAGUAGUCAGUAAACUAUCUUUCCAGCUUCA